GUGAGUAGUUGUGAGCUGUAUCCUCGAGAAAAAGAAAAGAAUCAAGAAAGUCGCAGGAAGGAAACUGGGCAAUAACACUACAACUCAGAAGAGGCCUUCCCCAUCUCCGACCACCUGAGGCGAAGCAGCGGCGGCGGCGGCAGCAAGCGGAAGGCGAGAGGGAGGAGGCCUCUCUCUGACUCUCUCUUUCUCUCUCUGGCGCCCGCCGUCACCACUGCACGCGUCAGCAGUUCCUCCGCCCACCUCCGGACGGCGCCGGCACCGGCAUUGCAUUGUGCAGUAAUCAUUGUUCAACGAAAAUGGUUGCAGGGGCCUUUAUGGUGGAUUUGGAUAAGCCUCUUGUAUUUCAGGUUGGCCAUCUAGAGGAGCAGUAUCAGGACUGGGUUCACCAGCCGAUUGUUAGCAAGGAAGGGCCAAGAUUUUUCGAAAAUGAUGUAUUGGAGUUCUUAACACGCACAAAAUGGUGGGCAGUUCCUCUUAUUUGGUUGCCUGUUGUCUGUUGGUGCUUGAACACUUCUAUCCAGAUGGGCCAUACAAUUACAGAAGUAGCUAUGAUGGUCGUGUUUGGAAUAUGUCUCUGGACACUGAUCGAAUAUUUGUUGCACCGAUUCCUGUUCCAUAUAAAAACUGAAAGUUAUUGGGCAAACACAGCACAUUAUCUUCUUCAUGGAUGUCAUCACAAGCAUCCCAUGGAUGGACUUCGACUUGUCUUUCCACCAGCUGCUGCAGCUAUUUUGUGCUUUCCGUUUUGGAACCUAAUCAAGCUCUUUUCGACUCCGUCUACCACUCCUGGCUUGUUUGGAGGUGGCCUGUUGGGUUAUGUGAUCUAUGAUUGCACACACUACUACUUGCAUCAUGGCCUGCCAUCAUCAGAUCCUGCAAAACAUCUCAAGAAAUACCAUCUGAACCAUCACUUCAGAAUUCAAAACAAGGGCUUUGGAAUAACUUCGACGCUGUGGGAUCAUGUGUUCGGUACAUUGCCUUCAACGAAAGCGGUUGACAAGAGCACUUGACUUCUACCGCAUCAUCUGCCUUGCAAAGCCUAAUAUCAAGAUUCUUCACGAUUGACGGCAGAGUUGCUGGACGAACUGUUAUUCGAUUUCCAGUUCUUAUCUGCAGACCAACUGCAGAUCUAAUCACUAGCUGCGGACGUGCAGAUGCCACCAAAGUUUGUCACCGGUGCUUGCUCUCUCUGAGAACAAUGUGGUUUAAGUCCAGUCCAUCCAUCAGUGAUCAUUCAGAUCGUCUCGAGUCUCUUGUUAGAUUACUAUGUGUACAGAGUUUUCUAGUAUAGCCUUUGCAUUUGAC